CUCAACAGACUCUUACUAGUUUCUCUUUUUCAGGUUGUGAAACUCAACCUUCAAAGACACUCUGUUCCAUUUCUGUGGACUAAUAGGAUCGUCUUUAGCAUCUGCCGGGUGUAUGCCACCCAGGCUUCUUUCUCUACGGCUCUGGUUCUUGAUUUUUGUGUGAGCCUAGGAGGUGCCUAAGCUCCGUUGGCUCUAGAUUCUUGGCUUUCCCCAUCAAUGCUAUCCAAAGCAUCUGAAGCUAUGGCUCGCAGUUGUCAGUUGAUGCAGGAUACACCACUCAGGCUCAUUCUUCUCUUUGUGCUGCUGAUUCGUCUUUCACAAGUGUCUUCAGAUGUUGAUGAACAAGUGUCCAAGUCAGUGAAAGAUAAGGUAUUGCUGCCUUGCCGUUACAACUCUCCUCAUGAAGAUCAGUCCGAAGACCGAAUCUACUGGCAAAAACAUGACAAAGUGGUGCUGUCUGUCAUCGCUGGGAAACUAAAAGUGUGGCCCGAAUACAAGAACCGGACUUUAUAUGACAACACUACCCACUCUCUUAUCAUCCUGGGCCUGGUCCUUUCAGACAGGGGCACAUACAGCUGCGUCGUUCAAAAGAAGGAAAGAGGAACUUAUGAAGUCAAACACUUGGCUUUAGUGAAGCUGUCCAUCAAAGCUGACUUCUCUACCCCCAACAUAACUGAGUCUGGAAACCCAUCUGCAGACACUAAAAGGAUUACCUGUUUUGCUUCCGGGGGUUUCCCAAAGCCUCGCUUCUCUUGGUUGGAAAAUGGAAAAGAAUUACCUGGCAUCAAUACAACAAUUUCCCAGGAUCCUGAAUCUGAACUGUACACCAUUAGUAGCCAACUAGAUUUCAAUACGACGCGCAACCACACCAUUAAGUGUCUCAUUGAAUAUGGAGAUGCUCAAGUGUCAGAGGACUUCACCUGGGAAAAACCCCCAGAAGCCCCUCCUGAUGGCAAGAACACACUUGUGCUCUUUGGGGCAGGAGUCGGUGCAGUAAUAAUAGCAGUCAUCGUCGUCGUCGUCCUCAAAUGCUUCUGUAAGCACAGAAGCUGUUUCAGAAGAAGAAAUGAGGUGAGCAGAGAAACAAACGCCAGCCUUAACUUCGGGCCUGAAGAAGCAUUAGCUGAACAGACUGUCUGAAGGUCUCAUCUACAUUUGCAACUGACCUCUUCUGUAAAGGACUUCAGAAACCUAGUACUGCCCUGCUCUGCAGACACGUGUUCUCUAGGUGAAGCCUCUCCAGUGGUUUGCAGAAGGAAACUCAGAGGAAUGAACUGCCUACCACAGAAGUUCUGCUGAUUCUGAGGACAUAGUUUAGAGACUCAAUUCUUUGGAAAGGACAUUAGGGACCACACACACACACACUCGAUACCUUAGGAUAGGGUUCUACCCUAUCCUCACAGUGACAAAGAAUCACUCUGUGGCGGAGGCAGGCUUCAAGCUUGCAGCAAUCCUCCUGCACCAGUUUCCUGAGUGCCAGACUUCCAGGUGUGAGCUAUGGCACUUAGCAGAACACUAGCUGAAUUAAUGAAGACACUGAGGUUCCAGGAGGGAACCUGAAUUAUGAAGGGGAGUCAGAAUCCAGAUUUCCUGGCUCUACCACUCUUAACCUGUAUCUGUUAGACCCCAAGCUCUGAGCUCAUAGACAAGCUAAUUUAAAAUGCUUUUAAUAAGCACAAGGUUCAGUUAGUAUGGGGUUCAGGAUACUGCUUACUGGCAAUAUUUGACUAGCCUCUAUUUUGUUUGUUUUUUUAAGGGACAAUGACUGUAGUGUAAUUUGUAGGAAACAUGUUGCUAUGUAUACCCAUUUGAGGGUAAUAAAAUGUUGGUAAUUUUCAGCCAGCAUUUUCCAGGUAUUUUCCUUUUUAUCCUUCAUG